GGGGCAGCCCGCAUCGGAACUUUGCAGGGACUGAAAUCUGUUGCCUGUUCCACUAGGAAUCCUGUUUGCAAGGCACAAGGUGUCUUUUGGCAGCGAGCACCCUCCCGCGCAUGCGCAGGCCCAUUCGGGAGGGUGGGGGGGAAAACCACUGCCCAGCCGCCGACUAAGUUGCAUUCCUUGAAUCUUCGCCGAAAAAGACAAUUCUUGCACCCGAGUUAGGGAUGUGGGCAGGACAACACCGGGAGAGUCUGGGGCUCCUGUCUUUCCCUGUGGUGGUCGCCAUGGCCUGCUGCGCGCACAGCGCCAACGAGCCCAGCAACAUGUCCUACGUGAAAGAGACGGUGGACCGGCUGCUCAAGGGGUACGACAUCCGCCUGCGGCCGGACUUCGGAGGGCCCCCCGUGGACGUCGGCAUGCGGAUCGAUGUGGCCAGCAUAGACAUGGUCUCCGAAGUGAACAUGGAUUAUACACUCACCAUGUAUUUCCAGCAGUCUUGGAAAGACAAAAGGCUUUCUUAUUCUGGAAUCCCGCUAAACCUCACCCUAGACAACAGGGUAGCUGACCAACUUUGGGUGCCAGACACCUACUUUCUGAAUGACAAGAAAUCAUUUGUGCAUGGGGUCACAGUGAAAAACCGAAUGAUCCGGCUUCAUCCUGAUGGGACAGUUCUCUACGGACUGGGCCACUAUCCAUGACUGUCACUAAGUUUUCGGCUAAAGAGAAACAUUGGAUACUUCAUUUUGCCCAGAGGGCCUACAUGCCUCGUCUACGCCCUGAUUACAAUCCUGUCCACCUCGGGUGCUGUCUUUUCUGCGAUCACUCACGACGCAUCGCAGCCAGAGUUGCCACUAGGAAUCACCACGGUGCUGACAAUGACAACCAUCAGCAUCACCUCCAGGGCAGACGCUGCCCAAAGGGAUUCCCCCUACGUCAAAGCGAUCGACAUCUACCUGAUGGGCUGCUUCGUGUUCGUGUUCCUGGGGCCCCUGCUUGGAAUACGGGCCUUGUAAACUUACAUCUUCUUCGGGAAAGGCCCCCAGAAAAAGGGAGCCGGCAAGCAAGACCAGAGCGCCAGCGAAAAGAACAGGCUCGAGAUGAAUAACGCGCAGGUGGACGCCCACGGCAACAUCCUGCUCAGCACGCUGGAGAUGAGGAACGAGACCCCGGGCGGCUCGGAGGCGCUGGCGGGCGGCGACGCCAAGGCCACCAUGUACGCGUACGACAGCGCCAGCAUCCAGUACCGCCGGCCGCCCGGCAGCCGCGAGGCCCUGGCGCGCGCGCGGGACCGGCCCGGGGCGCCGGGCAAGGGGCGCAUCCGCCGGCGCGCGUCCCAGCUCAAGGUCAAGAUCCCGGACCUGACGGACGUGAACUCCAUAGACAAGUGGUCCCGGAUGUUCUUCCCCAUCACCUUCUCUCUUUUCAACGUCGUGUACUGGCUGUACUAUGUCCACUGAGGUCUGUGCUGAUGGGUUUGUGUAGACCACCUUCCUCUUUUCUCUCUGGUUUUUUUUUGUGUGUUGGUUUUUUUUUUUUUUUAAGUCCUACAGGGUCCCCAACCAGCGACACUGCUGAGUGUCUUUGGAGGUAAGAGGUUCAGCCAUCAGGUUGCUUUUAGGUCUUGCAUAUAUCAAUGUAUCCAUUUGAUUACUGCACCAUGUUUACUUCCAAAAAAAAAAAAAGCUAUUUUUUUUUUCUCCAGUCUACUGUGGUCCAGGUUAUCAGCUCUUUCUAAGAGCUCUGUGAAUUGCCAUGUUUACAAACACACGCACACACACACACACACACACACACACACACACAGAGCAGUUACCUAGGUAGGUCUUUAGCUGUCUUUCCUAGUUUGCCCUGGAUAUUGUACCGAUUUAUUUUUUUAAACAAACAAAAAAAAAAAAUGAAAAGAGGAUCUCGCUGUCCUUCUUGCACUGCUUCCUGG